GCGGGUGAUCCAGAGGAAGUUCGAGGAACGACCAUGGCCGUCGCCAGGGGUGAGGUGGCCAUAGCCUUCUUGCUAACAACCUUGGCUGGAUUGGCCACAGUCUUAGGAGCGGGCGUCGUGUUCUUUGCCUCUUUGGCUAAUCGUGCAGUCUUGGCAGUGUCGCUGGGGCUGGCGGCCGGUGUGAUGCUGCUCAUUUCGUUCUACGACCUGCUGGCUCUCACGGCCGUCAAGUCGUUUAUGGACGGAGGGUUGGAGGAGAAGUACGCAAAGCUGUACGCCUUGCUAUCUUUCUUUGGCGGCGUUCUUUUGCUUCACGUGAUCGAUGGGGCCCUUCACGGUCUGGCCAAUUGCAUGAUGGAGGGGGAGAAGCGCCCGGGAUCAGUGCCUCCUCUGUCAGCCGCUCAUGGGCACGGGGGAAGUCUGCCGUCCUGGAUGCUGCCCGACGAUAAGAAGACUACCAUCGUCGUGGCCGGUGUGUCCUGUGAGAACGAGAUCCAAAGGUCAGGCGUAGCUGCAGUGUUAGCACCAAGGAGCUCAGAGGCAGAACCAGCGGAUGCAGAGCCGGAGAGAGGGCGAGUGACAGCAGCAGCAGCAGCAGUAGCAGCAGCAGCAGGGACAAGGACGGGGCUGAACUUGCCUCAGUCGAUCAGGAGUCCAGGGCAAAGUGCGCUGCGUUUCGACUCUCCAUGCAGAGUCCUCUACGUGGAGGAAAAGACCGAUGCGGGGAGCGCUGAGCAUGAGGAGGGGGUCACAGGAACGGAGCCGGGCUGCGUGGAUGCUGAUGCCGGCGAUGGUUUUGCUUCUGCUGCCAACGCUGCUGCCCCUGCAGCCGUCAUUGACAAGCAGGGGACGGCUCGGCUUCUGCGGACUGGGCUGCUUACGGCUGUGGUUAUCGGGGUGCAUAAUUUUCCCGAGGGGGUUGCUACCUUUGUCUCGUCGGUGAAGGACGCGAAGCUCGGAGGGUCCAUGUGCCUGGCCAUCGCUUUGCACAACAUCCCCGAAGGGAUCUGUGUUUCCAUGCCAGUGUUCUAUGCCACAGGCAGCAAGAAGAAGGCCUUCCUCUGGACCAUCUUGUCGGCGAUGGCAGAGCCCUUCGGCGGACUGCUCGCGUAUGUUGCCCUCGCUAAUGUGAUGAGUGACGUUGCCUUUGGUAUUCUGUUUGGAGGUAUAGCAGGAGUUAUGAUCACCAUAGUCUUGGUGGAGCUUCUUCCGGCAGCAAGGAAGUACGAUCCGGAGGACAAGUACGUGAGCCCCUGCCUAUUUGUGGGCAUGGCGGUGAUGGCCUUAAGCCUUGUUCUCUUCGACUUUUCUCAUUAACUUCCCAAGUUCAUUCGAUUGCUUCUCAUCUGAGGGCAUAGUACUCACUUCACAACGC